AUGUCGGGUUCGCCUGUGGCGACCGCUGAUAAUACCACCCCGCGUCCGAAGACUGCCAGACGACGAGGCAGAGGCCGUGGCGGUCGUGGCUCUGUUAGAUCUACCCUGACAGCUCCCAACACACAACCUGAAGCUCAGGAAACGCCUCAAGUACCAGCAAGCGAAGCUUCGUCGUUGAAUGUGCAGCCGAACGAAUCGUUACGGGCCGCGAGAGGAUCGAGGGGAGGCAAACGGGGUGGGCGAGGGGGAGGCGCAUCCCAGGACAAUGGUCGACGACGUGGACGAGGACGAGGUGAAGAUUCAAAGGCUGUGAGCGGUGGGCUGGGAGGACGGACAUUUGAGGGACGAUUGUCGAAACCCGAGCGAGCGUCUGACGAGGAUCAGCCAGAUGAUACCGGGAACUUGAGCUUGAGAGCCGAUGCGCCUGAAUUCGUCCCCGGAGCGCCUACGGAUGGAGUCGUGUCUAAUGGAAUCACGUCCACAGCAGAUUCUACGACCGGAAAGGGCAAGUCAAAGCACGUCCAGCCUCGGCCGCCGAAAGUAACAACGAAAUCUACAGCACCUGAUAUCGCCACCCGGAUACACGAAGACAUCGCGCACAAUCUCUACGAAUGUCCGAUUUGUACAAGCGAGCUGGGCCGAAGAAAUGGUCAAAGAAUGAAGGCUCGGCCGCCCAGGAUGCUGCGCGUCGCCAGGCAGAGGGGGAGCCCAGUGCACCGCGUGCCUGGCGCUGCCCUGGCUGUAAUCUUCCACACGAGAUCUUUCCAUCCACAUAUUCUUGUUGGUGUGAGAAGGAAGUCGACCCCCGUCCGCUGCCUGGCCUGCCCCCACACUCGUGCGGUCAAACCUGCUCACGGCCACGCAAAGGCUGUCCGCACCCGUGCGAUGCGACUUGCCAUGCCGGUCCUUGCUCACCUUGUACCGCGAUGGGCCCGACUCAGGAUUGCUUUUGUGGGAGGAAUUCGUCGACUAAGCGCUGCCAGGACACAGAUUACGAGAAUGGUUGGAGCUGUGGGGAGGUAUGCGGUGACUUACUCCCCUGCGGCGAACACACUUGUACUCGACCGUGCCAUGAGGGUCUCUGUGGGGCAUGUGAAGUCAAGAUAG